GAUGUGGCGAAGUCGGCGACAUUUAUAUACCCAGAGACCGUUUUACUCGAGAAAGCCGUGGAUUUGCGUUCGUCAGAUUCUAUGAUAAACGAGAUGCAGAAGAUGCAUUAGAUGCUAUGGAUGGAAGACUGUUAGAUGGUAGGGAACUUCGGGUCCAAAUGGCACGAUAUGGACGACCAACAUCUCCACAUCGAAGUCGUAAUAGCCGACGACGAGCAAGAUCACGUAGUAGGAGCAGAGAUCGAAGACGCUCACGCUCCAGAUCGCGUAGUAGAUCAAGGAGCCGCGAUAGAGAUCGUAGGCGUUCAUAUAGUCGCAGUCGCAGCCGCUCACGUUCCGACAGUAAGAGCUCGCGUGGAAAAUCCCGUUCUCGCAGCAAAUCUCCAGAUAGACAAAAAGAUAGUCGUUCCAAAUCAAGGGACUGAAGUAACUGAACCAUAUUGCAAGUACAACUGUGAACAGAUGCACGCGCCGCGAGUGCAGAAUAAUCGUUUCUUGAGAACAAAAAGGCGGUGGAAAGGAGUGGCGUGGCGAGUGUAGCUGAUGAUGGGGUAGCUGAGAGUAAGCAGUAAGCCGAGUAGCAGGGCUGUAAGCAGUUUGCAGUAGCGAGCGGUUGGUGGUCUGGUGAAAGCAGGUUCGCGCGAGUCGAUCAGGGCGAGAAAAAGAGAGAAAGUGUGUGAGCGAAAGCUGUCUCUCUCUCUCUGUGGGGGGUCGGCGUGCAGAAAUUGCAGAGGGUACGGUCUCGAGAAUGCAGAGAAAUAUGCAGAGAGUACAACGAAAAGCUGCACGCGGUUGCUGGUCUCGACCACCGUCCGGUUUGCAGGUAGCACGUGAGCAUCACCAGACCUCGCGAGCAAUGACUCAACAUUUCAACUGUUAUGUCUACCAAUUGCUUUGCGUGUUUUUAAGAAAUAAUUUCUCCAACAAUGGUUCAUUCGAAACCAAUUAUCUACUAUUUUAUU